CAUUGAUUCCCAUCACAAUUUUUCCUUUUCCUCAAUAUCAGUGGUUGGUUUCUGUUGAACUUGAAAGGAAAAUGCUUAUCACUUAACGCGCUUAUUCUAUUCCUAUUCUCUUCAAACGCACGCACCUCCACUAUAUCACAUUAUUAACGUUACAACUUACUCGAAACAAACAAACAGUAUCAAAAUUCCCUUUAUACCCUCACUGACACUCCCAUCGAUAUUUUAUUAUAUAUUUUUCCACUCUUUCAUUUCACUUCUCAAUAAUCACUUUACCAAAGUUUCGAAAAUAUUUGAAUCAGUUAAACAUGGCCGGUAACCAACUCAACGGCGCUUACUACGGUCCAUCGAUUCCACCGCCACAGCAAAAACCCCGCCGCCACCGCAACGACGACGGUUGCGGCUUCUGCAGCUGUCUCUGCGGCUGUUUCAGAGGCUGUUGCGGUUGCAUCUUCAACUGCAUCUUAAGCAUAAUCUGCAAAAUCCUCACCACAAUCAUCAUCAUCAUCGUAAUCCUCGGUUUCCUCUUCUGGCUAAUCGUUCGACCUAACGUCGUCAAUUUCACUGUCACAGAUGCAUCUCUUACUCAAUUCAAUUUCACAAACAACAACACACUUCACUACGAUCUUGCCGUUAACAUCACGAUCCGAAACCCUAAUCGGAGAGUUGGUAUCUAUUACGAUAACAUCGAAACGCUUGCGUUUUAUAAAGAUGUUAGGUUUGGUUCUCAAACUUUAGGUCAAUUCUUUCAGCAUCAUAAGAAUACGAGUUUCUUGAACCCUAAUUUUAAAGGUCAACAAGUUGUUCCUUUGAGUUCAAAACAGCUUUCGGAGUUUGAGAAAGAAAAGAAUGAUGGUGUUUUUGAUAUUAAUGUGAAGCUUUUGCUUAAUGUGAGGUUUAAAUUGGGUUUGUUUAAGAGUGGGAAAGCUAAACCUAAGGUUCAUUGUGAUUUGAAGAUUCCUCUGAAAUCAAGCAAUGGAACAUUGGUGGGUAAUGGGUUUCAAGCUACUGAUUGUGAUUGGGAUUAUAAGUGGAAAUUGUUCCAUUAAAUCUCAUAUUUUCAAACGCUAAUUUUCGUGUUUUUUUAAUUGAAAUUUUUAGGUGAAUUUUAUUUUUCAUUGUAUCAUUGUUAUGCUCCUAGAGGAUUUCUAUGUAAUGAAGAUUAUAAUUUCAUAUUAAUAUUGCACUAUUA